GUUUCUGCACACCCGUCGGGCGCCAACGAGGUCUCUCCUACAGUGUUUUUCCUCAUUGGAGACUGGUGUUAGCGAGGAAGCGAAUUCGAAUUUGGUGUCCCACGUUGCGUUGAACGUGUCAGUUUUCUUUUUCUUAUUUCGUAUAAAAGUAGACCUUACCACCGAGUGCAUUCGAAGCAUAAGCUUUAAAAAGCGGCUCUACUCUUGCACCAGCGACGCCAUCAAAGUUGUGUUCAACGACUAGUCUGCUGACUUCAUCACGGUGUGUUCUGUUCUGUUUUUUUUCUCGUCUCUUCACGGUACGCACUCCGCGUAUUCACUCGUACGUGGCGCCGCACCUUUUCUGUAUGUAUCUCCCCCCUGUUUGAUUGUUUCCUCAUUACUGGAAUAAACAGGGAUCAGUGCAGGCAGAAGAAAACGCUGAGGGCGUCAAGUCACGUGUCAGGUUUCAACACCGACCGCGGUGCUUCACCGUUUCAAAAGGAAAAAAGGUUGUUUUGGCCUCUGCGCCAUUUUUCUUUCCCGUCUUUUUCCACUUCAAUAUCUUUUCGCUGCGAUGAGUGGGGACGGGAUGCCGAAGCGUAACAGGGCCGACUCACCUCACGGCACACUUGCGCGCCCAGCAGAUGUGAUGGGCGUUCCCGACACCCCUCCGACUUCUCAAACGCCGGAUGUAGAGGUUGUGGCGGACACGACCUCCCCGCACGCGGACCGUGACCCAGUCUUGGAGCAGCAGCUGGAUACACUGGACAUAGAUGAGGACUUCCGCGAGUCGAUACGCGCCAUGACGCCCAACACGCGGCGGGACGUGCUGAACGAUAUUAUCCGCCAUCAGCAGUACGUCGGCGUUGAGGAGGCCUCCAACACCUUCGGCAUGCCCGUGAACGCUCUGGGGGAACCAGUCUUUGUGUUUGCUCCCGACGGCCCAGGUGGAAUGGGCGGCGAACACGACGGCAGCCACGAGAACUCCGACGAGCACGACUGGAUGAACGACGAGGCAGAGGAGGAGGAGGACGUGCUCGAUCUAAGCGACGAUGCCCGCCACCACGGCGCCCGGCCUCUCUACCCAAUGCGCCCGCUCUUCGCCUUCAGCAGACGGGUUGCGGACUCGGAGAGAGACUUUCGUCACCCCCGCUCCCACGCCUUUGGCGAGCAUCGCGACGGACCCAUGAACAUCACCGACUUUUUGCAGCUGGUAGUGCAGCACAUCGGUGAACAUCCAGGGGAGGCGCUGGGGAGGCAGGGGAGGGCCGCUACCGCGCAGCAGCAGCAGCAGCGCUCCGCACUGGAGGAGCGUGUGAUUAGCUUACAUAACCUUCUUGGGAUGCUGCAACAGGCCAACACGCUGCAGUCCAUGGGCCUCGAUCGAGACAUCGACGACAUGAGUUAUGAGGAGUUGUUAGCGCUGGAGGAGCGCAUCGGCAACGUGAGCAAAGGAGUGCCACCGGCGCUGUUGGAGUCGUGCAUGACGCGCGUGGAGGCCCCAGCGCCGGAUGAAACCUGCCCGAUCUGUCAGGAGGAAUUAAAUGCGUCUGCCUCUGACGGUACAGGGACGGCGCCGCCACCAGUGGGCGCAGACAAACUCUGCGUCAAGCUUGUGAACUGCCCUCACAUGUUUCACACGGCGUGUCUGAAGCAGUGGCUGGCGCAUAACAAGACGUGUCCGGUGUGCAAGCAAGAGGUUUUGCCGCAAAAGUGA